AUGGCUUGCAUUGAUUCCAUCUUAGAUAAACUGCGGCUGUUGGUUCCCCAGGGUGAUCUCUGCAAGUAUGAUCGUGCUUUGAAUGUGCUGAAGGUGGAGCUUGGGCUAGUGAAAACAUUCCUUCUGUGUCAGUGGAAAUUGAGAUAUCAAUUUGUUGGCCUGGAAGAUUCCGUUCGCGAAAAUGGGCAGCAGUUUUACUCUCUUCUUCUUGGAUUCGAGGAUGAUGGAUUGUCCCCCAGCGACUUGGCUGGAUCAGCUUCAACUUUUGGAGGUAUUCUAAAGAGUUUUAAGCAAGGAAUCAGGAAAUCGUAUGUCGAUAUUUCCAAUUCCUUAGCGAAAUCCGUCUCUGAGUCUAGAAUCCGAUUGAAUACAAGAGAUUUUGAGAAAGGGGGCCCUGUUUUUUGGGACGGUGAAUCAUACGGGAAAAGGUAUCCCAGUAUGUUGGAUCGCUUAUUGGCAUCCAGUUCUUCUUUGACAGAUGAGUUCAUGGAAUUCUUCCACUCCUUGCUAGAGAAUUUUGUGGAUAUUCUCAACUGGGGUGAAGCCUACGAUUCGGAACUUGAAAAACUGUUGGAGCCCUUGCAAGAGAAGCUAGUAUUCCUCAAAAAUUUCAUUCUCUUUGCCAGGUCGCAAGGCAAGCCCGAGCGGAAACUUAUGGAGCACAGUGGAGUUGUGGCUCUGUCUGCAGCCCAUCUUUGUCACAGUUGCUGGUUUUUCAGAGAUGAUAAUGAAGUUUUUGUUGAAAUCAGCUUCAAGAUUGAUGAAGUAAAAGAUCAGAUCAAGCCUGUUGUUGAGCAAGUCCGUCUGGCUUAUAUCAGCAUCUUGGAAUCUAAGUCUUCAUCACUUAGGAUGUCCACCGAGGCGAAUAUGUGUAUAGUGGGGAAUUUUGUAGGUUCUCUCCUAGGUAAUCUUUGGGAGUUUCUCGUAAAGUGUCCUGCCUGGUUUACUUCAUCUCUAAAGCAUCAAAUUCGGAUACUCUGCGAGGGACUGCAGUUCUUGAGAGGCAUUUUGAUGAAGCAGCAAGAGGAUUAUGAUGGGCUUCCUGGAGGAAUCAAGGAUCGCAUUGUGGCUGUGGUCAAUGAUGCUGCGAUUGUAAUUUUCUCACUAUAUCAGGACAAUAUCCCAGAAGCUUCAGCCAUGGAAAUAGAUCUUAAGCUCUUUUGUUUACUGGAGAAGAUCAAGCUUGUUAAUGCCGAAAUUGAGAAAAAGUAUCCUGUAGCAUCAAGGUCCAAAUUUCCUACAACAAAUGCAUUAGAGUUGAUCGAUCUUCUUCUAGAAAAGUUGAAGGAACUGGAAAGCUGUGAAGUCGAUCCAUUAUUUUCUUUUGCAAAUGAUCGAGUUGACUUCUUAAAUUCAUACUUGAACAAGAUCCAAUACAUUAAAGUUGACCGACCUUUGGAAACAUUUACAUAUUAUGACAUGCCAUCCUGGAUCAUUGAUCUGGAGCAGCAGAUCAAGCUUGAAAAGCUCCGACAUAAAAAGAUGCAAGCUGAUGUCCCAUUCUUAACGUCAUUCUUGGAGAAUAAUUUGGAGCAGCACAUCAAGAAUGAAAAGCACCAACUUCAGACGAUGGAAGAUGAUCUUGUAUCUUUAAGAUCAUUAUUGGAAGAAAAUGGGGAGCAACACAACCAUCACGAAGAUCCCCAUGCCCUUUGGAGUCAUGUUAUAGAGGUUGCAUACAAGGCAGAGUUUGUCAUUGGAUCCUUAUUAGCUGGAGAUAUCUCAUUCUACUCUCUGAUGUUAUUUGAUGAUAUUGCACGAGAAAUUAUGCUCGUCAAAAGUCUAGCCCAGACAGCUACCAAGAUUCCAAGGCAUGUGCCAUCACAAGAAACAGUGAGAAGCGAGACGAGUGGAGCAUCCUACCCGGUGUCAUCAUCGGGUAGUAUCUCAACGGUCGAUGAAGUUGAGGUGGUCUUGCAGGUUGAGGAGAAAGCAGUAAUUGAUAAACUUAUAAAAGGUCUAAAACAGCUGGAUAUCAUCUCCAUUGUGGGCGUGGCUGGACUAGGCAAGACGUUUUUGGCACAAAGAGUUUACCGUGAUCUUAGAGUUACAUCUCACUUCCACAUUCAGGCAUGGUGUUGUAUCUCCCAAACAUAUUGCAAGAGCGAUUUGUUGCUUCAGAUUUUGGCUUGCAUUGGUCAGAAAACUCAAUUUUCUAAGAUGGAUGAAUGUGAUUUGGCUCAGGAACUCCAUCAAUGCUUGUUGGGACAGAGGUUUCUCAUAGUUUUGGAUGAUGUUUGGGACAUCGAAGCGUGGAAUGCUUUAAAAUCUUCAUUCCCAGAGAAAAACAAUGGAAGCCGAAUACUCUUAACAAGUCGACUUACUGAUAUUAUUGGCACACCUUAUCAUCUUAGGACACUUGAUGAAUCUGAAAGCUGUGAUUUACUACAGAAGAAGCUGGCAGUUAUUAGAGAAGGAGGCUAUUCUCAAGAACAAAAUCUUCUUGGGAGGAAAAUAGCAAAAACUUGUAAUGGGAUGCCUCUAUCAAUUGCCAUCAUAUCUGGUAUCCUUGCAACUCUCCAUCAAGCUGGUUGGGAAGAAGUCGCAGAAAAGAUAAGUUUAACUGCCAUGGUUGGUGCCACAGAACAAUGCAACAGGAUACUAGAGCUGAGUUACGGGCAUCUGCCUGAUUAUUUGAAGCGUUGCAUUCUUUACUUUGGAGCCUUUCGAGAAGAUCAAGAAAUUUGUGUCCGGAGGCUGACAUGGUUAUGGAUCGCUGAAGGUUUUAUGCAGAAGAGUGAAUCGGAGUGCCUAGAGAAAAUAGCAGAAGGCUAUGUAAUGGCUCUAAUCAAUAGAAGCUUAGUUAUGGUGGGGCAACGAAGAUACGCAGGUUCUGCUCUCCCAAGGGAAUUAUGGUCGCUUGUUCAGCUGAGGUACUUGGCAGUUCUAGGUUGGCUCAAGAAUGGCAUUCCAUCCUCGCUAGAAAAGCUCUCAAAUUUGGAAACUUUUCUUGUGAGAACAAAGGAUGAUGUUGGUCUUUCUUUGUUGCAAGAUACUCUUCUAAAGAUGCAGAAAUUGAGGCAUCUGCAUGUGUAUGGUGCUUUGAUUGAUAUUGGAUUGGCCAAUGAUAACCUUGAAAGCUCCUCCAUCUUGAACAAUUUAGACACUUUUUCAACUAUGAAUCUUUAUCUUGGGCAAAGCAUCGAAAAGUUGAUCAGAAAGUUUCCAAAUAUCCGCAGACUGAAAUGCUGUCUUGUGGAAUCAGCAGAAUUUACUGCAGACAGCAAUAGGGUCGUGGUAAUGAACUUUCUGAGUCAUCUGGAAUCACUGAAGCUGAAUCUAGGUAAAGUGACUAUGCAUUGUGUUGAACUCCGUCUCCCUUCCAGUCUAAAAAAGUUGACACUGGAGGAAUUUUCCUGGGGUAUAAUUUCCACAAUUAGAGAGCUACCCAAUCUUCAGGUUCUGAGAUUAAAUCGACAAGCUGAUGGGAAGAGAAACAGGGCAGUCAAGACAUGGAAGACAGUGAAGAAAUGGAAGACAUGGAAGAAGGGGAAUUCUUCCCUGAACUCAAGUUCUUGA